AUGUCGACGCCGCCGCGCUCGCCGCUUCUCUUCGCCUCGGCGCGCCGCCGCCCCGCGCCGUCGGCACUCAACCUCAAGCCGGCGCUGACGAAGCGUGUGUCGCGCAACUUUGUCAAGCACGCGGCGCCGCUGCCGCUCGAUGCUCGCGCGGUGUACUGCGCGCCGAGCCGCGAGGCAGCGCCCGUGCUGCGCGGCAGCGACGACGUGCGCCCGCACGCCGAGCACUUUGCCUACACCACGUCGCUCUCGCGUCGCGUGUCUACUUCCGACUUCACCGCAGCACUGCCGACGCCGCCGCUGCCCCGCCGUGGCUCGGCGCCCGAGACACUCGGCCGGGGCAUGCCGGACGUGGCGCAUGCUGGCCGUGCCCUGCCGGACGUGGCAGUCGUCACCACGCCUGAGGUGGUCGACGCCGAGGAGGAGGUGCAGGAGCUCAUCGUGCCCUCGCCGGCGCCGCGCGACGUGCCCGUGUCCGUCGCCGAGUCGGCCGUCGCCUCGCCUGCGCCGACGCCCGCCGCACAGAGCCUCGGCGGUGCCUCGCUGCUCGCCGCGCGUGCCAUCUCGACGCGCCCCAAGAAGGCCCGCGCCUUCACGCUCACGCCCGUGCCGUACCAGCUCGGCUUCAGCCCCUCGGCGCCCAACUUCUCGCCGCGCGCGCUGCUCUUCAACAAGCUCGCCGGCGCACCGCCGCGCAGCCCCGUCGUGCCCCGCCCUCUCACGCCCCUCUCGUCCAACGGCACGCCGGGCUGGCUCGCCGACGUCGAGGCGUACCUCGCCGCCUCGCCGCCGAUCUGGCCGACGCGCUCGCCGGUGCGCAGUGCCAAGGGACGGCGCGCCCUGACGCCGCGCCGUGGCAACGCCGCCACACCCACCUCGGCGUGCUCCGUCUAUUCGGUCGGCUCCGUGUACUCGGCGGCGUCGGCGUACUCGCGCGCCUCCGGCACCUCGCUCAUGUCGAUGCUCUCGCCGCGCUCGGCACGCUCGCCGCUGGCGUCGCCGGCACUCCAGGCAAGCCGCUCGCCGCACUCGUUCCGCAAGGCGAUGCUCUCGUACCGCCUCGGCAACGCCGGCCUCGCGACGCCGGCCUCGCCGCUGGCGCGCCGCAUGCCGUCGCCCGUGCUGUCCGAGGAGGCCGCCGACGAGGAGCCGGCCUUUGAUCCGCUCGAGACGCGCGGCGCACCGGCGGCGCCCGCCGCACCCAUCCCGGCACGACCUGCGUCGCCCAGCAUGCCGCGCUCCAAGCUCGCCCACAUGCGCCAGGCGAGCGUCUCGUCCGUCGCCUCGUCCGCCUCGGCCAAGUCGUCGGUCGCCUCGCGCAACAACUCCGUCUCGGGCGCCUCAGCCGCAUCGUCGCGCACCAGCGUCUCGUCGCAGGGCUCCGACGCACCGCCAGUGCCCAAGGCGAAGCGCCAGACGCUGAGCGAGCGCUUCGCAGCCAAGUUUGCGCGCCUGGCGCCGAGCCGCCGCAGCAGCGAUGCGUCGGCGUCGUCGUCCGAGGACGAGGCCGUGGCCGCCAUUCCGCCGGCACACGGCACGCCCACGACGGCCGUGCCGGCAGCGCGCUUCGUGCGGCGCCACGUCCCCGCGCCGCUGACCUUUGCCUUCUCGGCGCUGGCGGACGCGGAGCGCGUGCCGCUGUCGGCGUCGCCCAUGACGCCGGCGCUGACGCCGUCGCCGCCCGGCUGCGGCAGCGCGGCGAGCAGCUUCGAGCGUGUGGCGCUGGCGAGCCUGCCGCAGCGCCCGCCGCCGGCGGCGCUGGGCGCGCAGCGGCGCCUGCUGAUGGGCGUCGAGCGCAUGCGAGCCGGCGCCGUGCCCGUGUGA